AUUGGCUCGCUGGCUCAAUUCUGAUGGGAGUCGCAUCCUACCUGGUCGGGAGGUGCACUGCCUUUCCACACUCUCCCUUCUUGUACUCAGCCAGCUGCUGUUGAGGUGGGAGGAAAAGUCCUGGCUGGGAGAAUUGAGCUAGUGCAGCACACGCAUAGAAAAAGCGAUUCUGAUGGGUCCUUUGAAAGCUUUUCUCUUCUCCCCUUUUCUUCUGCGGAGUCAAAGUAGAGGGGUGAGGUUGGUCUUCUUGUUACUGACCCUGCAUUUGGGAAACUGUGUUGAUAAAGCAGAUGAUGAAGAUGAUGAGGAUUUAACAGUGAACAAAACCUGGGUCUUGGCUCCAAAAAUUCAUGAAGGAGAUAUCACACAAAUUCUGAAUUCAUUGCUUCAAGGCUAUGACAAUAAACUUCGUCCAGAUAUAGGAGUGAGGCCCACAGUAAUUGAAACUGAUGUUUAUGUAAACAGCAUUGGACCAGUUGAUCCAAUUAAUAUGGAAUACACAAUAGAUAUAAUUUUUGCCCAAACCUGGUUUGACAGUCGUUUAAAAUUCAAUAGUACCAUGAAAGUGCUUAUGCUUAACAGUAAUAUGGUUGGAAAAAUUUGGAUUCCUGACACUUUCUUCAGAAACUCAAGAAAAUCUGAUGCUCACUGGAUAACAACUCCUAAUCGUCUGCUUCGAAUUUGGAAUGAUGGUAGAGUUCUAUAUACUCUAAGAUUGACAAUUAAUGCAGAAUGUUAUCUUCAGCUUCAUAACUUUCCUAUGGAUGAACAUUCCUGUCCACUGGAAUUUUCAAGUUAUGGAUACCCUAAAAAUGAAAUAGAGUAUAAAUGGAAAAAGCCCUCUGUAGAAGUGGCUGAUCCUAAAUACUGGAGAUUAUAUCAAUUUGCAUUUGUAGGGUUGAGAAACUCAACUGAAAUCUCUCACACAAUCUCUGGGGAUUAUGUUAUUAUGACAAUUUUUUUUGACCUGAGCAGAAGAAUGGGAUAUUUCACUAUUCAGACCUACAUUCCAUGCAUUCUGACAGUUGUUCUUUCUUGGGUGUCUUUUUGGAUCAAUAAAGAUGCAGUGCCUGCAAGAACAUCACUGGGUAUCACUACAGUUCUGACUAUGACAACCCUGAGUACAAUUGCCAGGAAGUCUUUACCUAAGGUUUCUUAUGUGACUGCGAUGGAUCUCUUUGUUUCUGUUUGUUUCAUUUUUGUUUUUGCAGCCUUGAUGGAAUAUGGAACCUUACAUUAUUUUACCAGCAACAAAAAAGGAAAGACUGCUACUAAAGACAGAAAGCUAAAAAAUAAAGCCUCGAUGACUCCCGGUCUCCAUCCUGGAUCCACUCUGAUUCCAAUGAAUAGUAUUUCUGCGCCGCAAGAAGAUGAUUAUGGGUAUCAGUGUUUGGAGGGCAAAGAUUGUGCCAGCUUCUUCUGUUGCUUUGAAGACUGCAGAACAGGAUCUUGGAGGGAAGGAAGGAUACAUAUACGCAUUGCCAAAAUUGACUCUUAUUCUAGAAUAUUUUUCCCAACAGCUUUUGCCUUGUUCAACUUGGUUUAUUGGGUUGGCUAUCUUUACUUAUAAAAUCUACUUCAUAAGCAAAAGUCAAAAGAAGUUUGACUAAAUUCAAUAGAAUUUUUUAUCCUUCAGUAACUUGAAGUUUAAAUUUAAAAUGCAGACAAAACAAUGGUUAAAAUGUGAGUAGUAUUGUAACUAUUUUAAGGCCUUCAGAAGUAAAUAAAGUAGCAGGUUUCAGGCUAAUUUAUGUAAAACUGAUUAGUUGCAAAAUGCAGUAGAUUAAAAUACUCACCUAUUUUUAUUUACAUUUUCUUUAAUUUACUCCUAUGUUGUUAUAAUUUUGAAUGUUUAAGUUCUAUGAUUCAUGUUUUAAGGAUGGAAUUAUUUUAAUACAUAUUUUGUUUAAAUAUAAUCUAUAAUUGUUUUGUAAUGUGAGACUAAUGACUAAUAUUUAUGUAGCAACUUUUUGCCAGAAAAAAGAUUGUUAAUUUGUUUUUUCUUGCUUUUCCUUUGCUUGCCCUGCUUGAAAUACAGUUAGUUGAUAACAUAAAGCCAUAGUUUUCUUGGAUUUGCUUCCAAGAUAUUGCAUUCCCAAGAAGAAAUUGAUUUAUUUUUAAUCUAUCAAUUACAGAAGACUUAUGAAAAGGUCAACUUUUACCUGUCUUUUAGUCCUGUCCAUUUUCUGGCACAAUAUUAAACAGAACUCCAGUUACAUUUACUUUGGUGAUUUGCAAACUUGGAAGGAAGCGACCAGUCAUUUUUUAAGAAUGCAAGAUGAAAAAAAUCAGGUAAAAUCUAACCAUUUUAUUCUCUGCUUCACAGCAUU